AGGAAGAGGAGGAAGAGGAGGAAAGGAGGAAAAGGAGGAGGCGGCGUCCGCAGGAGGGAGGAGGAAGCCCCAGCGAAGGAGCCCCCGCUGUGCCCAUGGCGUUUGCAGCUCCCAAAGCCCGCGAUGGCUCCAGGCUGCGCCUCAGCUCCUGGACCCCCCUCAACCACCGGCUCAUCAACGACCAGGUCUUUGAAGAAAGAAGAGCCCUGCUUGGAAAAUGGUUUGACAAGUGGACAGAUGGCCAGAGGAGGAGGAUCCUGGUGGACCUGCUGGAACGCUGCUCCCUGUCCCAGCAGAAAUUCUGUGCCCAGCAGCUCCAGGCCCGAGUGCCCACCGAGGCCGUGGAUUUUACCACGAGGCUCCCUCGAGUCCUGUCCCUGUACAUCUUCUCCUUCCUGGAUCCACGGAGCCUCUGUCGAUGUGCACAGGUGAGCUGGCACUGGAAGUACCUGUCAGAGCUGGACCAGCUGUGGAUGCUGAAGUGCCUGCGUUUCGGGUGGCUCCUCAACUUCUGCCCCACGCCCUUCGAGCAGGGGGUGUGGAAAAAACACUACAUCCAGAUGGUGAGGGAGCUGCGCCUCACCCGGCCCAAGACUCCUUCCAAGGACGAGUUCAUCGUUAUCGACGUGCAGCCCGUGAAGAGCAACGUGCCAGAGAGGAAACUUUCUGUGAGCAGGGGCAGGAAGGAGCUCCCUCCGUGGCGCUCCUCCGACAGGAACCCCACGGACACCGUCCGCUACAACUACCUGGACAACCAGCACCCCAUCGAGCAGGCCAGGCACGCGAGGAGGAAGGGAGGAGGGAACACCCCGGACCUGAGCAGGGAGGCGGCCGAGAGGAAGAAGAGAGGAGGAGGAGGAGGAGGAUCAGCUCAGCUCCGGAAGGUGAAAUCCCUGGCAAGUGUCACAGGGGGGAUCCCAGCAUUGUCAGCGCCCCCAGGGAUGGUGCAGCUCGGAGAUUUUCCCUCAGGGAAAAAUCUGGGAAUGAGGAGGAGAUAAAAAAUCUGGGAAUGAGGAGGAGACCAAAAAUCUGGGAAUGAGGAGGACACCAAACCCACCUGGGCUGGUUCCUCCGUAAAAAUGAUUUACGCCUAAAUUAUUUUCACUCUGAGGGAAUCAUCCCAGACGUUACUGUGGGUGGGAACUCUCAGUGCAGAAAGUGACCCUGUUAUUUAUUUAUAGUGACCCUGUAAAUUUAUUAAUUUAUUUACAGUGACCCUGUAAAUUUAUUCGUUUAUUUACA